AUGUUACGACAAAUUUACCUAACACUCCUUCUGCACAUUUUCUGUACGUGCACUUCUUCAACCAUACACAAACCUCCUGCCCGUCGCGUGCCCGUAAUCACUGAAGAUCCACGAGACUCCUUCGCCCUCCGGAAAAGGACCCUGUCCCUACACUGUCGCGCAGAGGGUGAACCGCCACCUCUUAUAUUGUGGUAUAGAGACGGCCGACCUGUUGAAUCAUUCCGUGACAAGCCUGGAACUUCGAACAAGGUAAUUAAAGCCGAGGAGCUGAUUUUCCUAUCCUUCGAUGAGGAAGACGAAGGUGUGUACUACUGCAAUGCGUCGAAUUCGGAAGGUUGGUCAAAGUCGAGGGAGGCACGCGUCAGCUUGUCGUUUCUGGAACCCAUCACUUCGGGACCCGAAAGCCAGACUUCCAGCGUCGGCGACACUGUUGUUUUGCGUUGUGAAAUUCCUAAAGGCCUGCCUGAGCCUAUUAUUGAAUGGUAUCAUAACAGACAGCUCGUAAACUACUCUUCGCGCAUAUUUAUAAGCAAUGGCAGUCUCCAUAUCAAGAGCCUACAGAAGACAGAUGCGGGAAACUAUCAAUGCGUCGCCAGAAAUAGGGCAGAACGUCGCGAAAGCCUGACUGCUGUGUUAACCGUUUAUAAAAAGCCAUGGUUUGAAGUAGCGCCCUCGGACCAGCAGGUAAAAGUUGGGGAGGAUGUGGAAUUCCACUGUAUUACCGAUGGUGACCCCAAGCCCUCAAUACUCUGGAGACGCGACGGUGGAUUAUAUAUUCCCGAUGAUCGAGCCAUCCUUAAAGAUGGAAGGAAUCUGCGGAUUCGUCAGGUUCGACGUGAAGACGAAGGGAUAUAUGUAUGCAAGGCGGAGAAUCUAGUUGGAAGCAUUGACGCCUCGGCCAAACUAUCAGUGCUGUCCUCACCCAACUUCACACUCACACCAAAGGAUACAACAGUUUUGGAGGGCGAGAAGGCCGUCUUCCAUUGCCAAGCGACAGGCUUGCCGAUACCCUUCAUACGCUGGCUGCACAAUGGGGAGUAUUUUUUGGUACCAGAUUACACGAGUGCGUCUUUUCCAAAAGUAGGUAGAAUAUAUGUCGCACACAAUGGUAGCUUAGUCAUAUCUGCCGCACGGAAGUCUGACGAGGGCAAAUAUGAAUGUCGGGCUUCGCAGAAAAAUGGGAUGGUGCGUUCCUCAGCCAAUCUUCUUGUAAAUGACUUCAAUUCCCUCCCCAUAGUGUUAAUUGAACUCGGGCCACAAAAUCAAACAUUCUUAUACGGAACGACAGCUACCCUUCAUUGCAAAGCACGGGUUCUCGAGUCUUUAAAUUUGGCAAACUCGAAUAUGGAAAAUUUCCCACGGACCUCUUAUGGAGUAAGCAUCUCUUGGCUGAGGAAUGGCAAAAGCUUGGUUCCCGUGGAUGACCCCCGAGUUGUUAUGAUUUCUCAAGAUACUCUUCAGAUAAACGAAGUGAAUUUCUUCGAUGAGGGUAACUAUACUUGUCGUGCUGAAGCAUCUCCUACUUCUCACUCACAAAGCCCCCUCAAAUUUGCUGAAUGGACUGCAUAUUUGAAAGUUUCACGCCCUCCACCGCAGCCUUUGCAGCGCUCGUUUAUUCCUGAAAACCUACCUCACCCGCCCGAAACAUUUGAUGUCAUUGACGUUGGAGAUACUUGGAUAUCAGUUCGAUGUGAAGUAUCUAUGGACACGGCUAACGGCGAUAUUGACAUGUUUGGGAGUAAAGCCUCGUCUUUGGCUCCUAGAACGCCUCCAAACGCCAAAUCAAGUGUUAGCGUUCGCAUUGAAUAUCUGGCUCUUGAUGGAUCUCAUGGCUGGCUGAUUGCAGCGGUGGGCGAACCAAAUGAGCUUAUAGAAAUAACAGGUCUCCAACCAGAACACGGGUACAGAAUACUAGCUAGGGUUGUCAACUCUCAUGGCGUUAGCAAGCCCCUCAUUUUGCCGCAUACCAUCUAUACGCGAAGGCGCGUGCGAUACGUUGAUUUGGAUUACCAGGUUCUUCAAGACAAUUUGCAGUCAGUCCGCUUCAGCAGGCUAAGAUUGACUAGUUUGUCUACUUCGGAAGUUGAAGUUUCCGGCAUGGUUUGCAGCCUUUCCACUUCCUUUCAACGCCUAACCGGAAUAAGGUUUAGAUACAAACCUGUCCACCUAUCUCGGUGUUUCUCUAAAGGAUUCAACACUCUUCACAAUCAGCCACCGGUAUCCGUCGGGGGUUCGACUUCCCCGGAUAAUGACUGCAUCGACUCUGACGAACGAACCUUUCUGCCGGAAAUGAAGACUUUUGGUCCGCCUGAGUACAUGGAAUCAGUUGUGGAUAAUUAUUGCAGCCUCCACGUUCCUCCUGAUCAAGAUGCUUUUUGGGAGCUUUCCGAUCAUCUCAACCAGGAGAACCCAGUCCCCGCAGAUAAGUCUAAAUUUAUGGAGUGGGACUCGAAUUCGGCUCCUUUAUUCCGCCAAGUGAUCGAUGGUCUCAGUCCCUUUCUUUGCUAUGAAAUCGUUGCCGAGGCUUACUCUGAUCACCAACAGCUCGGCAGAGUUUACGGCUCAAGUAGUCGCAGUUCAACCAUUCUUACCUUCGACAGCAAACCAAGCGAAGCUCCCCAAAAUGUCCGUGCUCGGUGGACCGGCGGAAAUGCAACAGUUCUGGAAGUAAUGUGGAGGCCGCCUCCAGCCUCUUCGGCUAACGGCCUUAUUACUGGGUACCUUCUGCGUAUACUUGGGGGUGCUACCAACUUUAGCAAAACAUUCAAAGUAAGUCAGCGUUUGUUUGUUGAUCAAAAUAUGUCUAGCUUACAAUGGGCAUUUUCUAAUUGAUAUUGGAAGCAUAUGUACAGUCUUAACCUUCGGCUGUUUUAAUGUCGGAAAGAGCUUAAAUUAAAAUGAAGUCAGAUGUGACUUUGUCCGGAAUUGUAAUAAGAUUGCAAAUAGGCUUUAUGUUGCAAAUUGUCCUAAUUUUGAUUUAGUGUUAAUUUAUGUCUUUUGAAUAACCUUUUUUAUGCUGAAACAAUGUGCCUAAUUCAGUAUCGUUUACCAUAGGCUCACUAAGGGUUGUUCUUUUUUAAAAAAAUGUUUAAAAAUAUUUUCUUUGGAAAACCGAUGGCACCACCUCGUUUGACAAACAUUUUCUUCCAAAAAAAUUUUGUAUCGUCCACCACGUGAACCGAUUUAGCUUAGCUCGACGUCUACACUGCUGACUCUCCUCGAUCAAAGGUUGUCUCCUUAACGGUCGUCGACCAGUUUCCAGUAUAUUCUCCGGUAAAUAAAAUUUACAGGCUAUUUAUUCUCUACAGGUUGUAAAGCAACUCAUUGGACAACUUUCCCACUUUGCUACCACAGCAGUGUCCCUUUUGGAAGAAGUUCCGCGACCUAUUUACGGCUUUCAGCAGUUCGUUUGCAUGCACAUGAAGUCCAGAGUCAAGCCUGUUUGA